AUGAGCGUGGACGUGAGCAAGCCGGGCGCCAGUGUGCCCGUGCACCGCGUGCGCUUUGUCGAUUGGAGUCCGUCAGCUAUUACGGCGCUGGCACUAUCGCCAGUCGCAUGGACGGAAAGCGCCGCUGCCGGCCGAUCUGUGCUAGCGAUCGGACGUGACAAUGGCAACAUUGACCUGUGCACAUGGUGCGAGGGCCAAUCUGGCUCGAUUGCUCAGGGAUGGUCGCCUGUAUGGACUUUGCUGGGUGAAGAGAAUUACAAAAUCGAGUCUCUUGCCUUCACGGCGUCAGCCUCACAUCUCCGUUUGUUUAGCACUUCGGGCGGUAGUAUUGUCUCUGAACACUUUUUGCCCUCAUCUCUGACAGGCCAACAGGCUGCGGACACGAGAACACCGACGCGCACGCUAUCUUCUCAUGGCGGUGCUAUUUGGAGCAUGGCUGCCAGUCCCACGGGCAAGUUUCUCGCGAUCGGGUGUGAAGACGGCGUCGUGCGCCUCAUUGACGUGGCAGGUGACGCAUUUGAGCAUGUGGGCACAGGCAUGCAUGUGGCACCACGCAUGACGCGCGUGGCGAGUCGUAUUCUGAGCCUGGCAUGGGGCCCACCGCGCCGCCAGAUGGCCACGUCAAAUGACUCGGACGAUGAUGAUGACGAGGCCUGGCGUGAUACGUAUCUGUUGGGUGGUCUCGGCAAUUCGACGGCGGCCGUCUGGGACGUCCCGACUGGCCAGCUGAAGUCGCGCCUGACUGUGCUGAAGAAUCGACAGGAGCACACGAUCGUAUGGAGCGUCGCCGUGCUGCGGGACGGCACACUUGUGACAGGCGACUCGACAGGACGUGUCACCUUCUUUGAUGCACGCACACGUAUCCCUAUACCUGGUGCCACUUUCCAGAGCCAUACGGCCGGUGCCGAUGUGCUAACCCUCUGUGUCAGCAGUGAUGCGCGCGCCGUGUACAGUGCAGGCGUCGACCAAAAGGUUGUGGAAUACACGCAUGUCGGGCACGCAUGGGCCCAUACUGGUACAAGGCGUCUACAUGCGCAUGAUAUCCGUGCCCUGGCGAUGGACCCGCCACUGCAACUCGGACCCGUGCCCUCACCUUCCCGCGUCCCCAUUCUUCUCAGCGGCGGUCUGGAUUUUCAGCUCGUGCUAACCCCUGCCUCUCAUGCAUCGUGGCGCGCACCAAACCACAAUCCUGUAUCUUCGAGUGUAUCGACGUCUUUCGCGGACACCGUCCAACGGCGCGUCUCUUUCGUGCCCGCACAUGCUCGCGAUAGUGUCGUGGGCGUCGCACCGCUUCAUCGCUGGAUCAUGUUGCGUCGCGAGCGCAGUGUGGCCAUAUGGGCACUUCGCGACGAGUCGUGGAGCAAGGUGUGGGAGCUGGAGCUUCGUAUGCACUCAAAUCUUGGUGCAGCUGCCAUCAGUGCAGAUGGCCGCUUCCUGGCUGCCUCGGACCUUUAUGAAACCAGGCUGUACGACCUUGGCUCAGGCACGCCACGACGCAUUCGCUCUUUGGGCGAGGCCGUGCAUGGCCGUAAUGCCCCAGCGCCUGGUGCCUCGGCGCUGGCAUUCACGCCAGAUUGCACGCGUCUAGUGCUUUGUACGGCGCAUGGCUCGUUUGUGCAUGUGUUGCAGCUGCCAACUUCGAGCGAAGCGCCGCAUCUACUGCGGUCAUUUGCACAGCAUCGCACAACACGCACGGCUCUUGAUGGUCGUGUGCUGAGCGGGGGACACGGCCAGGCUGCUGCCACGCCGACACCCAUUGUGUUGGCCGCUGUCUCGUCCGAUGGCCAAUGGCUCGUCACGGCAGAUACCGCGCGACGCAUGCACGUCUUUCAUCUCGAUACACUGUCGCACCAACGUGCGCUUGCGACGCCGGCUUAUGUGCCGAGCGGUGCAUGCUUUCAUCCUACACACCCAAGUCUGCUUGCGUUGGUGCUGCCCACAAACCAAGUCUCAUUCUACGAUCUCGAGGCCGAUGGCGAGGCACCUGCAUGGGAAGCAGCGCUCCGUCGUGAUCUUGAUGCUGCGCUUUCUCGCAUUCGCGAGCCUGUGGUGGGAUGCACUUGGCUGCCGGGUCCCGACGGCCACGCCUCACUCUGUGUCUAUGGCCCGACGUGGAUCUGCACGGCACGACCUCUCACGACGCUUUCACGCACCUCACGCAAGAAGCGGCGCAGUGGGCAUGUGGUCGAGAGCGACGAUGCAUGGUCCGUGCGUACGACGUUCCGCUACCAACCACUGCUCUACGCGGGUGUUUUGCCCUCGCCUAGUGGCUCUGAACUGCUCGUCAUAGAGCGGCCGUACUUUGCGCUUGCGCCGACGCUGCCACCGGCCUUUUACCGUGGUGCCAAGUAUGGUAUGUAG